UAUAUAUAUGUAUGUAUGUAUCUUGGAAUUUUCAUGUUAUAAUUAGAAGAUCAGUGGAAUCUCAGACUAAAUUCAAUUCCAUGUAGCUCGAAGUACAUUUUUUUCGCUGUCAAAAAAUUUCCAAUUUCUCAGUGAACUUUUUGGCCGUUUGCUCAAACGCGUAAUAACUUUGAUGUCGACGAUCAAGAACCUUUAAUACGAAAUUUGGAAUUCGUUGUCAAUCGACAACUGUUUUAAAAGGUUGUUGCUGAAUGUUUCGCAUACCCUUCUUUAAAAUUCAUGCUGAGGUCAAGCUUUCCACAGACAGUGUAUAUUUUCGAAACAUGCAAUAGCAUCAAAAAAUAAACCCGAUUCUAUGCAACGCGAAGUCGAUUCAGUUUGCCAAAACUUUACACGAAUUCUUAUUUUCUACCGUUUUUAAAAUUUCCCAAGCUUCUCUGGAAAACUUUUGCAAUUAGAGAUUGUCUUAAAUUUUCCAUCGGCAUUGGGCAACAAUAAUUAUUCAUAGUUCGGCGAAACGUGCGCGAUUCGAUUUACCAGAACGUUUUACAUGAAUUCUCAUUUGUUUCUGCUUUAAAAAUUGUUAAAAUUUCUCUAAAAAAUCUUUGGAAUUAACGAUAACAUUCCACCAACGUUAGCAACAAAAAUCAUUCGUGAUUUGGCGAAACGAGCGCCAUUCGAUUUACCAAAACGCUUUACGCGAAUUCUUAUUCAUUUCUGCGCUCAAAAUUGUUAACAUUUCCCUGAAAAAUCUUUGUAACUAACGAUAAUUCGUAACAUUUCGCCAAUAUCAGAUAGCAAUAAAAAUCAUUCAUGGCUCAGCGAAAUGUCCUAGAGGCAUCCGUCUCCGAAAUUAAUUCCUGUUCCCGUAGCAAAAUAAAUCCGGCUGGUACGUGGGCGGUCGAAUUUAGGCGAACUUGCAUAAUGCAUCGUGAAAAUCGGGACUGGUCACGAAGGACGGGAACGUCGACGUCGGCGUCGUAGGCUAUCUACGCGUGCCUCCUCCGGUCAAUGAGCUAAUUGCCGUGGUAUAUCAAUUUUCAUUGGGCGCAAUUGUGCGAACACACGAAUACGCAUUGUGGUUGCACUUGUCCCGUGGGUCGCUUCAAACAGGAUACGGCAUAGUUUCCCUUUGUGCAGAUUCAUUGUCUUGUUUUCGCGUUUUCCAUUGGUCAGCCAGUUAACCGAGCGACCAAUGAGUACGCCAGAUCUUCGGUAUUUAAAUUGCCGCCGUGCACGGCGUAGAGAAAUGGGCGAAAGAAAUGUGAGACCGCGAGCAAAUGUCGUGCAUCUUUGUUCCGUUUCAGAUUGAAUUGUAAUUUGAAUGGGAAAGGAAAUUGCUCUUCCUUUUUAUUUAAUGAUUGGCUUCUGUCGAUGACCUUUCGGAUUCGUUGUACGGUCCCAAAAAAAUUUUAAUCGUAUUAAUCGAAUUUAUAUUAUCUAGAUAUGUUGAAAUUUUCUUGUAACUGCAUAACGUUAUAAUUAAACCGCGGAUUUUUAUGUAAAUUUGUAUCUUUACGAACACGAUUAGAAACGUAGAAACAAAAUAGAGCGCUUCUUCACCCUCUAAAUAUCGUCCUUUACCUGUAUACAGGGUGGUUGGUAACUGGUGGUACAAGCGGAAAGGGGGUGGUUCUACGCGAAAAAAGAAAUCGAAAAUAUAGAAUAAAAAUUUUUCGUUUCGAUCUCACUGUAGAUUUUUAAAAAAAUUUAAAAAAAAAGAAAAAUUAAAAAAAAAAUUUUAUUCUAUAUUUUCGACUUCUUUUUUCGCGUAGAAUCACCCCCUUUCCGCUUGCACCACCAGUUACCAGCCACCCUGUAUAUUUAAUUGGAUUUUGAGAUACAAAAGAGUCAAAAGUAUUCGUAUAGUUGAUUUCCUGUAGAGAUAAAAACGGAAAUAUUACCUAUGUUAUUAAAUAUAUUCAAAUAUAUUUAACUGCAUAUUAUAUACAGACAUUUAAUCCGCAAAUAGCAUAUAAUAUCAUCAAUCAAUAAAAUCUAAGUCAGUAAGACAAAUAUUAUUCCCGCUCUAAGGCUUGAUCAAGCCAAAAGGGCCAAUGUUAGGCGAACCACAAAACGCGUACAAAUAAAUGGAAUCUCAUUGUCAGAGUCAAUCGGUCUUGGCAACCACUAGUAUGCGACGAUGUUAAAGGCUAUGGCCCAGUUUUUCUGAUUCUCAUUUCAAAGAGACUCUUCUCUGUUUAAGCCAACGACGAAGUAUCUUGGUCGAUUCACCAAGUCUUUUUGCUGCAUUGAAGAAGAAGUUAGAUAAUUCAAUUUGAUGAUUGAAAAAGAUUUUGCAACUAUCACGAUGAACGAUUCUCUGUAAGUAGCAAAGGAGAAACAACUAUUUUGGUCAGAAGUCGUCGCGUUGACGACGUUCUUUUCAAGAGGUCGAUCGAGAGGAACGCGCUAAAAAAAGAGUAACCUUAGAAAUUUGUCUGCUACAAGGCGAGCAGAACGAAUGAUUUACAAGUGAUGCUUACGCAAUGGAAAAUCCAGAAAAAUGUGGAAUAUAAGUGGUAUCAGAGUAGAUUCUGCGUUACCGGAUUGCGGACUGAGAACGACGAGGUGAAGAUUAAAUAUAAACUUAGCGAAAAACUCCUGAUAAAAAAUUGUUAACUCUCCGUGGUAGAAACAAUUUUUUGUUUAUCGCAUUAUAAAUGGUUAAUUUUGAGGUAAUUCCUAAUAAUGCUCGAAAUAACAUCAAUAGCUUUCUAUAAAUAAUAAAUUCGAUUGCCUGGCAAUGAUCCAUCGAAGAUUAAAUAUAAAUUAAUCUGAAAGUUUGUAAUAUCGAAUUAUUAAAUAUGAAUUAGUUGAACUAAACAUAUGGAACGAUUUCUUGGAAUAACUCCCUUCAACUGAAAUUUAAUAAAUAGUUUUAUAAUAGCCCCUUAUAAGAAAUAAAUGCGAUUAGAUUAUUAUAAAAAUGGUAUCUGGAAGAUUAAGUAGAAAUCUCAUAAAAUAAAAAAAUAAAAAUACUUCAGAGGCUGAAAAAUUCUGAUAUUCACUUUUUGCGUAUGAAUCAGUUCUAAAGAUAUGGAACCGUUUAUUGGAAUAAGUUACUUGAAAUAAAACUAAAAAUAUAUGAAGUCUAUAAGUAACUCCAUUUGAUUAUACAGACGGCUUAUUGAAGAAUACAUAUAAAUUAACUACGUUAAAUAUAAAAAUAUUUCAAAAAUAUGAAACAUCUAUUGAAAUGAGAUUAGAUUUUAUGAUUGAUGAAUGAAUGAAUUAUGAUUGAUGAUGAACAGUUUCAUAAAGAAUUCAUCGAGAUUUCAUAGAACAUUGAUAGAAAGUUCAUGAAUUAUACAUUUAGAAGUUACAAAUAACAAUGGAAAUAACAAUAAAUUAUGUAUAGACUGAGAUUUAAAUUCAAGAUGACCAUCGUUAUUCAGCACAAGUUUUAAUUAUUCUUUUGUCUGGUCAUACCACUUCCGAACCACUUUCUAAACAGGAAGGUGCAUUUGUAACUCUCCAUUUCGCUGAGUAAUUAAUUAAAUGGACAAAUGUAGCCGCUCUACAUACUGGAAUUAGGUCAAUGCCGUGAGAAACAUCACAGAGUUUCUCCAUAAAUUUCAUCAUAUACCAUUGGUAACUAAAACUAAUAUCCAAAUUAAUCUUUGAUUUCGAAACCAAACAGCAGGUAUGCAGUUAAUCUCCAAAAAUUUGUAAAUCAAGAUCUAUUUUAAGACCACUAGAUUGAAAUAAAACUAUCUAUCUAUCUGUUUAGUUAAUUUCCAGCGAAUAAUCGAAUUUUGUUAUACCGACUUCGAAAGAAUAGGCAGGAAGCUAUCUCAAUUCAAUGAGUACAUAUUUUUUCUUAUUCCAUUGUUUAUAAUACUUAUUUCUGUUACUAUUUACUCGUCCUAUGUUUACAAAAUCUUUCAAAGGCAAGAAGAUAAUACAAAUUUUAUGUUUCGAAGUCUUCGUCAAUGUUCGUUAAUGUUCCACGAUUUCGUUUUUCAAGUAACUAAUUUUAUCAAUAUAUGUUAUGCUGUUUAUUUAUCUCAGCCAUUUAGCAAGUAUUGAUAAAUUUAAUAAAUUCGGAUUUGCAAAAUCUUCUAAACACAAAAAAGCCAUUGAUAUUCCAUUAUCUGUACUUCUAUAUUAUCUUUGCCUUUCCUCAAACAACGUCCACGUUCUCGUAAGUUGGACUAGAUACUACUCUUCGAUUAUGCAUACUGCAUAAGCGCGCCCGAAUAAAUAUACGUAGCACCGAUAACAAAGGUCGCGGUCGUCGAAGUUCAUCAUCGGCCAACAAUGUACUAGCAUACGCUACGAUUCUUGCUUUUUAGAGCAGUUCGAUACUCGUCGUGUGUGCAGCACUUUCGAAACUUUGCCGAUCCUCGAGCAUCCGUAUCGACCCUCCUAUUCUACCAAAGUCAUCUCAAUCCAAAAUGGAAUAGUAAAUAUUUCGUUAUUCUUCGAGCAUUUACAUAUAAUUAUUAGACUGCAGAUUUUUACACAAUUUUAUAUUUUCAUUUCAUUGAAGAAAUUGAAUCUAAAUUGGAGCCUACUAAAUAUCAUAACAGAUUUAUUAUUAAAAAUUGAAGAAGCUUGCGUCCCACAUUACGACUGGACAUUAGAAUUUUACAAGAUUGCAAGAUUUUCAGAACUUACAUAUUAAAAAAUUUUCGUUAUAAAUUACAACGUAAUGUAACGUCACAAGACUUUCAUAAUAUAUCGAAUAUUUUAUAUAUUUUUGUAUGUUUUGUCUACACUUUCAAAUUCCCUGUAAAUGCAUAAAUAUCCGUAGUCUCUUUAUAAUAUUCAUCUGUACCUUAUCCCAAUCUGUACGUGAUUAUAAAUCUCUACCAUUUGUACAGCGAGUGGUUAUUCUAAUUCAAAGAUGAAAGUGUCAAUAAGAGGAAGUGAGGUCUCGAUCGAGUGUCAGUGCAUAAACUAUAUUGUUCUUGGCUGACAGUUUGUUCGUUCUUUCGAAAUCGUGUUUCGACAUCGUUUAAGAGGAAACCUUGACAGUUAGUCGUGGCAAUGAAUGAAAGAUUUUCUUCGAACAGACGGUGCACAGAAAGCUCGGACGAAUCGAUGUUUACAUCAGAUGUUGAAUAUAUAAAAGUGUAGCAUGUCGUGAUACGUGAUAUUGGUUUUGUUCUUUGAAAGUCAUCUAGAAGUGAAGUUUAACGAGAUGAGAUAGUAUAGUGCUGAAAAAUAAGAAAAUGGUGAGCACCAACCCACCCCUCGGGGUGGCCACGCUGAAUCGGGGAAGGAACACUUUCCGUGGCGUGCCCAAAGCGGAAAUCGAGCGCAGAACCAAUACUCUGCUUCAGGCUAUGACGAUUGAGGAGCUCUAUGCUGCUUUGGUGUUCAUGACCCAACACCAAGUCGGUUAUGACGUUUCUAAAGAGUGUGAAUUGGAAACUCUGUUGAACUACCUUCAAAAUGCGUUCAAAGUCGACAACGACAUGCACGAGAGAGUUUUGCACGAGACAAAAAACAUGGAGCCACCGGAAAUGCAUUUGAACGUCGAAGUGAUCGAAGCCAAAGAACUUGUGUCGAAAGAUUCUAAUGGUAAAAGCGACCCUUUCUGCGCCCUUUACCUCGAAUCUGCUCCCACGAGGAGGUACAACACUGCCGUGAAAACAUCCACACUGAGCCCAGUGUGGGAGGAACACUUCGAACUCCCUCUAGACGACCCAGAAAACGACGUACUGUAUCUAGAAGUGUGGGACUUCGACGCUGCUGAAACAGUUCCUGAGAAAAUGAGUAAAGUAAAAGACGUGAAGGGUGUUCGAGGGCUGGUAAAACUAGCGAAGGAAAUUGCUGUUACUGCCACUACUGGUUGCCAUGAUAACGAAUUUAUCGGUCGCUGUAGGAUACCUUUGAAGGACAUACCAACAACAGGCCAUACAAUGUGGUAUUCCCUCGAGAAGAAGAACAAAUCAAAACGACGUGGUGUAGUGAAACUAAGGCUGGCCUUCAGUGCCGAGCACAAUGCACAGGUGGCCGCACAAGAGUACAGACACCUGAUCAGGGUGCUAUUGUUAUACGAAAUAGAGACCCAGAAAAUAGAGAAAUACUGUUGGUGCGGUCGAUGGUCAGCGCCAGCGGAAGUUCUUCUUCUUCAGCACAGUGCUCAACGUGGUUUACUAGCCAGAAACGUGACGCUAGCUCAAUGGAUAGAAUAUUCAAGGAUCCAUCAAGAACAUCCGUUAAACUUUAUUGUCUUCAAUAAAUUAGCGAUCGACCUUCUGAGGCCCAUGGAGAAUGGUCUUUUCUCGGCAGACGAAACAAGAUUAUUUUGGGAUGCCACGAAGAAGUUGUUAUACUCGUGUCUGAACAGUAUUCGCAAGAUCAGGAGGCUCACGAUUGGAGACAAGAACGCCAUGACACAGUUGUCCGCGAUUUUGGGAAUUCUGUCGUCGAUUUCGUCCCUUAAAGUGCCUGAAGACAUUAACCUAUUCCCUGCAAAAAUGUAUCCCUGGUUUCCAGACCCUGACGAGACACUAAGUGUCCUUCAAGCUUUAGAGUACACUGUUGAACAGGGUGGUAUCGAAUGGUUUGACCAUAUAUUGAAUAAUAAUUUCCCGGAAAACGAAUCGGACGAAGAUGCGCUGAAGUAUCACAUCAAAGUGAUUCAACUUGUUAGAGCAGAUUUACAAAAUGCUAUUGAUAAUUACGAUAGGCUGUUCAUCAAGCGAAUUAAUUUUCCUUAUGCAAGAUGUCUGUACAUGAUGUACGAGAAGAGGAUCAGUGAUAUAUGUAUGAUUGUUAUAGAGGAUGUCUGCGGCAGGUUGAAGAGAAUUGAAAUUGAAAACGCCGAUGUGGAAUUAAAUCUGGGAACGACUUUAUUCGAACUGUAUCUUGCGUUGCAGAGAUACGUUAUCCUUGGUCAAGUGCUAUGCGCCGAAGGGCAGCUGGAAGGGAUGAAAGUACAGACUUACUAUAACUGGUUCAGAGCUGGUGUGGCACAUUGGCUCGAUAUAGCGGUGUACAAGGCCCUGAAACGAAUAGACAGAGCCGUGGAGUUUGACACGUUGCAAGCAGUCGAUAACUCCGUCCAAUACAGCUCAAGUGCUGUGGAUACAUUAACGAUAUUCUACCAAAUCAAAGUCUUUUGGACACAACUCGCAUGGCCGGACACGGAAGGCUCCUACACUUUCAUUGCCAAAAUUAUAGACGAUAUCUGCAAAUGUUCUAUUGCAUACGCAGAUAAAAUGGCAAAGAAGGCGGAAUUGACCACAGAAUUGGAACAGUUGUCAGAAAGUAGCGUGUACGAAAGGAAGUUCUCCGUAUCAACGGCGUGGUGUUUCGCGAUCAAUAAUAUCGAUUACAUUAGAACGUCAAUUGCGCCAUUAGCCAACGAUCUAGGACUUCAGAACAUCGUGGAUGAGCUAGCGGAAAAGAAAACCCAAGAAGACGCAGACAGAUGUAAACAGACGCUUCAGCUGAUCAUCGAUAAUGCCACUGACACUGUUAAAAACAAGAUUAUAGAACUUUUACAAGUCGUCGCGGAUAAGAUGUCUCCUGCCAUGAACAGGUAUCUCAUGGAGGGGGCAGAGUUGAUAGACGCGACCAGCAAUACCAUGGAUCGACUUCUACAGUAUCUUGAUAGUAACUUAUCGACGUUGCACGAUCAUCUUAAUGAAGACAAUUUUGAGAGGAUCUUGCAUGUUAUUUGGGACACGCUAUCGGAAAGCUUAUAUCAAUUAGUACAUAAUAACCUAGAGAGAAGAAGGCCACCAUCGUUUUAUUCAAACCUCCAUCGCACUCUGCAUACCCUCAUUCGAUAUUUUAAUGUUGGAGCUGACGAGACGGCGAACGUGAAGGUUCUGGAAAAGAUCGAACACCUUCUGGAGCUCCACGGCCUGGAGACAGCUGAGCUGAUACAUCGUUACCAUCAGGAACGAAUAAAGGAACAGAACGAGUUGGAAGAAUCCGAGUACGGACAGAUCACCGUGAAGGCCCAGUUCGUGGAUAAUUCGUUGAACAUUCAGAUAUUGAACGCGAGGAAGUUACGACCGGUCGACAGUAACGGCGAUUUGGUAGGCAAGGUGUCUACUCUCAAGCACAAGCUUCAUACAAAAUCUAAACAAAGACUGAAAGAAGGGAAGACAAGUAGUUGCGAUUCAUAUGUGAAGGUGAAGCUACUUCCGGAGGAAAAGUUCGCCGACGUAAAAUUGCCUAAAACGCAUGUGCAAAAGGAAAACCUCUAUCCGCUGUACGACGAAAUUUUCAACAUACCUCUAACAAGCGAACAAAGAGCCACAGAAAACGCAAUCGUAGUUUUCGAACUAAAGGACAAAGAUUUUCUUCGAUCGAGAUUCAUGGCAGAGGCUUUCCUACCAUUCAGCGAAAUUCCUGAAACGGGACCAGAUCAAGGAAUUGAGUCUCUCGACCAAAUUCACUUGAAUCUUUCACGUCCUACAAGGAAAAGUACGGACGUAAUUCAAGCGUUAGAACACAGAAAGGGAGACAAUCAGGCGACAGAGUUCUUAUCGAAGCUUAGUUCUAAGGCUGAACGAAAAUAAUGCCUAUCGCUUGUAAGAAAGGCGAUUGAAAUUAUUUUCUAUGUCAUACGACAACGAAGCAACGCUCCCAAUAUCUAACUGAUGCUGAUGCCCAAUAUCUAAAUGAAUAAAAAUGAAGGAAUUGUUAAUUUUACGAGAUACGUAAUUUAACUCAAUACGUGAAUCGUUAAAUUGUAUUAUUACUAAAGUUUAAGACUAUUUUACAUCGUCACUAUUUUUGUAAUUAAUUUAUCUCAAACCAUUUCACAAGAAAACUCGAUACGUAAUAAGCAUUUCUUAAAAUCUUCAACAUCAGACAUAAAGUUACUUAAAGGAUUUUUGUUAUUUUAAAUAUUACGUUAACAGCUACAAAUUUUGUAAUUUAUUAAAAUCAAUAUUUUUAAUUGUUCAUGAGUCGAUGCGUCGAUCAUUUUAUCAUAUGAAAUUAAAUAAAUUAGCUAGUCCACGAGGAACAGAAUGCAAAGAAAUAAUGAACUAUUUUUAUAAAGUUUUCAUAAGUAUAGGUACGCUGUUGUUAACAGCUAAUACCCAUUUCUAGGCUGUGUAUCGCUUCGAAUAUUAAACAUCAAAUGUAUUUUCCUUCGCGAGACACGAAACGUCGCAUUUCAAGACUAGGAAAACUGUAAGGCUGAGUAAGUACUACUUACGAGCAACAUUGCUAUUUACCAUUAAGUCCAAAAUACACGUAAUUGCAAUAAAUACGAAUCAAAAGAGUUUCUGACAAGAAAACUAUAAGAAUAAGAAGAAAUCAAAAUGAUGUUUGUAAUAUACGUGUAGAUAGAAUUGCUACUAUGAAUCGAACGCAUAUAUGUUUUAUACGAUGUUGUUUACAAUGUAUGUAUAACGAAAGUAUAUGUUUUAUCUAGUAUUAUUAUCUUUGUCGAAUCGAUCAAUUCAGAAGGAAAUCGCGGUCGAGAAAUUUGUUAUCGAGAGAUUCUGAGUACUCUUUGUUUAUCAAACUAUGCUGCAUUAUAUUGCGUAUAAUAUCACGAAGUUUAUAAAAUAUAUAAAAUGAAACUUGUUCAACAUUUUUUAUUAUGCGUUAUUCAAAUUUGGGGAAAUUAAUUAUGUUAUUAGUUCAGGAAGUUAUUUUAUUCACAGAAUAGACAAAGAGUAAUCAUAAUAUUAUUGUUUUAAAUAUUAUCUAUAUUUGUACGCGAAGCAACUCAAAGUUACGAAAUGUAAUGAACGUUGAAUAAAUUAUUAAAACAUA